AUGUACACUUUUCUUCGAAUUCGGCAGCUAUGGAUACACGUAAGAAAGUUUCUAGCCGUUGAAUUCGGUAAAACCGAUGAGACAAUUUUUAUCGAGCGGUAUAAUAUCGCUUUGGAACAAAAGUACGAUUUAGGAGAUCAUGCCAAGUCUUUAGAUGCAGUUUAUUUCAAUGGAAUGUCUCAAAAUGGAGAAGCGGUAGUUUGUGGGCUCGCGAGAAGACCACAACGUAUGUGCGACUCCUUUUUAUAUUUAAAGAUCAAUGGUGAAGAUCUCCUUCUUUCGCCCAGCCUCCCAGAUACAUAUUUACAAAAAGGUGAAGAGGAUGGCGACGAAUACAGUGUAAAAGGACUUUCUAUAAGUAAUGUUAUGCCAAUGCGCGUUUGGAACUUGUCGUACGUUGGAGACAUGAAGCCAAGAAGUAAUCCCAACAAAACAGUUAAAAUUUCCGCAAGUUUAACAUGGAGUGCAGAAUGGCCGCAAUUUGAAUAUAACACACAAAUGGCGCCGCAAAGUAUGGCCGAUGAUAUGGCAAGGGAGCCAUGGUCUAGGGAUUACUUCAGACUAGUCAAAAAAUUACAUCAAACCCACUAUGAACAAAUGGGAUGUCUAACAGGAACUGUGGACAUUGACAGCAAAACUUACCGCAUAGACAUGCAAUGUCUCAGAGAUCGCAGUUUUGGUCCUCUCCGAGAAUGGCGCAAUUUCCAUCGUUAUGUGUACCAUUUUAUUUUUCUCGAGAAUGGCGACUGUAUGGCUGUAGGAAGUGUAUCCCAACCUGCUACAAUGUCACACCUCACAAUAGGAUAUUUAUGCCGGAAAGCAGAUCAGAGUGUUGUCGCUGUGGACUCGUCAGAUUAUCAACUUUACCAACAUGCAGAAAAUCGAAUACUUCCAAAAGAUUAUGGAUUUACAUUUAAAGCAGGAGAAAAAUCAUAUGAAGUUCGUGUACAAUUAAUAGAUGAAGAUCAAUUCUACAUUGGCAAAGAUAGAGAAGCAAAGUUGUACGAAAGAUGGAGCAACGUCGAAAUAAAUGGUGUCAAAGGCAAGGCUUGUGUAGAAUGGCACUUCAAUAAUACACAAAAA